AUGGAUUAUGUAAAAUUAAAAACUUUAUAUGAAGAUAAUAUAGAACAUGUGAUCGAUGAUAAUGAUAUCAUCAAAAGAUGGAGUCUCACAGAAACCUCGAUAGGUUUAGGAUUAGUUCUAGCUCUGUAUCUAUUGGUAGUUCAAAAGAUAAUUCCAAACUAUAUGAAGAACCGACCACCAUACAGUUUACAAAGUAUUUUAACCAAAUAUAACGCUUUUCAAGUCCUGUCUUCGGCGUACAUCGUAUUUCUAUACGCCAGAUACAUUGUGAAGCAUGGCAUCAUCACUACAAGAUGUCCACAAGGAGAGGACCUGCAAGGAGUCAUCAAAGAGAUCUACCCCUACUUCAUCGCCAAGCACUUGGACCUUCUCGACACGGUGUUCUUCGUGCUUCGGAAGAAGGACAACCAGGUGACCUUCCUUCAUCUGUACCAUCAUACGGCUAUGGUGUCCUGGACGUGGCUGCAUCUGAUGUAUCACCCGACUGACCACUUUGUCGUGGUGGGGCUGCUUAACAGUCUCGUCCACGUGAUCAUGUACGCGUAUUAUGGGAUCAGUUCCAUGGGCCCAGAGUAUCAAAAAUAUGUUUGGUGGAAAAAACACGUCACUAAGAUUCAAUUGGUACAAUUCAUUCUCGUAAUUUCUCAUCUGUACUACCAACAAAAGUUAACCCCCUGCCCGCUGCCUGCUUUCUUCCACUACUUCUGCGUCUUCAGCAUCGGUUCUUUCUUCUUCCUCUUUCUUAAAUUCUACUUCAACAGUUACACAAACAAGAGGAGAGAAUGA